AUGCUACCGAGGCACUCCUCCACUGACUUUGAACACAAUCCAGAACUGCAGGAGCGCAAACACCAGCUCCGAACUAUCAGCAAGGCCCUGGCCCGCUUCCCUAACAGAGGGACUGUCAAGGGCCAGCAGCUUGACGUAUACUUCAGCUCUUCUGAGGGAGUAUCCUACAUGACCGUGUGCCACUGCAGCCUCCCUGUAGCUAAAGCCUUCUGCUUUCUAGAAGACUUACGCUGGGAGUUCACUGCAUGUUUCAGCAGUGCCGAUGUUUCUCUGGCAGUCAGGCCAUAUCCGUUUUUAGAGUUUGACAGUACUAUUCAAAAGCUGAAGCAACAAUACAACCAGCAUGGCGGUCCAGCUCUGGAGGUGACACUGGCUGAAGUCCAAGACGAUCUGAAGAUCCACCCACCGCAGGUCGUCACCUUUGAAGAAGUGGAGUUAAGCAAUGGCAUUGGUAACGGACAUGUAGAGCCUGCAUCUGGGUCCGUUUUGAUUGACGCAGGACAAAAUGUAAGACUUGAACCAGUAACCGCUCCUGGAGUCCUUUCUCUGGUCCUUAAUAUCGUUUGUGCAUCUCUGAACUUGAUCCGUGGAGUACAUCUUUUUGAAUACACAUUCCAGGAUGAUAACGAUAGUUUCUGGAAUGUUGUGGCAUUUUUUCUUGCAUUUGUCUGCUGUAUUUGUCAGUGCCACUUGUACGUGUUCCAUUCGUCUCUGAAGAAACAGAAGUCUUUUGUUCUGCUCAGUGUCAUCGUCUUAUGCAAUGUUUACCUGCUCGGCUUGAGGAACUGGUGGCAACUGCUUUUCCACAUUUCAGUCUCUUCCUUGUCCACCGUCCUCAUUCUGUCGCGCAGACUUCAGGAUAAGGUCAAUGACUGCGGAGUGUAA